GCCAGGAUCCCAGGGUUGAGCGUUCAGCGUAUUUCGUUAACGAUGGACGCUCAACCCUGGGGCGAGCACAAGAUGGCCCGUCAGAUGUGUGGGGCGUUCAUCUUCGUAGCGGCCGCCAUGAUAACCAGUGCUGCAGGUGCGUGCGGACGUCCGUACGCAGAGAUAUAUACACAGAGAGAGAUCCGUGCACACACAGCCAUGGGAAGAAUAAGACUUUCCUCUCCAUUCAGGUCUGGUGGAAGAGGCUGAGGUGGCCAAGGAAAUCGCCCGCCAGCUGCAGGGUCACACACACCUAGAGUCGCCACAGAUCUGCCACACGUAUGUAUUCCACGCUGCGGCUGUGUAUGCAUGUAUAUAUGUGCCCAGGGAUGUCGUUGUCGAUGGUCCGUGCUCAUAGCAUCAUGGGGGCAGCCAACAAGCUCAGCCAAGCCGCCGACGAGAUGCGCCAUACCGCCCUCCAGAUGGUCACCACGACCGAGCAACAGGUCCAAGCCAUCUCGUCGUAUGGUCAGCGACCCAGCCACACUCAGUUCACGGAGGAUGGACCGACGAACUAAGACUGCCUGCGUUGUGUAUGACCAUCACUGUCCUGCAUGCAUUCACAUGGAGUGCAUUGAUAGAUCUGUGGGUCUGUGUGCAGGUGCGUUGUGUGCAGCAGCAGGUGCACCACGCCAAGACCAUGAUGCAGCAGGUCAAUAAGAUGGGCGAGGCCCGCCAGAUGCGCGGUGAGGCCCUCGACGCCAUCCGCAGCGCCCAACGACAGGUGCAUCUCAUCACCAAGGGGCAGAAGACCCGCACCACCGGCGGUAAGUAACUAACGAAUAUGUGUGUGGACUCCAAUGUAAUUCACAGGAAGACGUGUAUUUGUGUGUCAUGCAGACUGUUCGGAGAAUAGCUGGAAGUGUGGGGACGACAGUCAGGGAUCGCGCUGUGACGACAAUGGGCCAGACGGAGAGGCCUGCUGGUGUACUGGGUAUGGGAGCUGCGUGGUAAGCAUGAACGCACACACACACACACACACACAGAUUUCGCUGGCUGUACUAUGAGUGCUGCUGUGUGUGUGGGGGGGUGCAUGUGGGUGGUCUGCAGGACUCCGAAACCUAUUUUGCGCCUCAAUCACAGCCCAUGGACUUCUAUGACUGGGAGUGAACACCGCGCUGAUUGCGUUGGCGACGUACGUCUGUUUAGCGAUAGAAAGGGCGGGAAGAGAGAGACACCACCAAUGCAUACAUACAGCUACGGUGCGUAUGUAACGUAAUUAAGGGUGACCAGUCCGCCUCUGCCGUCUGUCUGUCUGUCUGUCUGUGUGUCUCUGGCUGUCGGUUUAAUCAAUUAAUGGCCGUGGAUGGUGUCUAGCGGCAUGGCUGUGUGUGUGUGGUGUGUGUAUGUGUGUUGUGCCGUGUGGCCGUCUGUCUGUCAGCCACGUGUAGGAGGACAAAUGGACAAUCAUUGAAGGCAAUGAAUCCCCCAAAGUCAUCCGGCCAUUGCACGUACACUACAUAUGUAUG